GAAAACGUCUAUAAUAUAGAUAAAACAGGAGUUAUACUAAGUAUACUUAGUUCGGUUAAAGUCCUUAUAGGUAAGGAUAACCUGCAAGACUAUAGAGGCGCGGGUGUUAAGCGGAUAAUAGUAACUGCUGUUAAGUGUAUUAGUAGUAACAGCAGGGCGCUGCUCCCCCUUAUAAUCUAG